AUGCUUUUGAAAUAUGGAGUCGACAUCAAUGAUGAGGGUGGACGUUACGGUAAUGCCCUAGAAGCUGCUUGUUUCGAAGGCCAUACGAACAUCGUGCAGUUACUAUUAGAGCAUGGAGCUGAUGCCAAUGCCCAAGGUAAACACUGCGGCUAUGCCCUACAAACUGCAUCUUCGGCAAAACAUGAAAGCUUCAUGCAGAUUAUAAUGCGCGAAGCCAGCAGCAAUGUCCAAGAUGAACGUUUCAAUUAUGGCGAAACCCACCUCAAUACUAGGCCCAGACAUUAUAGAAAUUCUUUACUGAUGGCCUGUUGUACUACAAGUCAUGAAGGGGCCGUUCAGAUGCUCCGUCAAGAAAAACGCGACAUCGACUCCCAACGGAGAUACUACGGCACUGGUUUACAAGCUGCGUGUUUUCAAGGACACGACCAGAUUGUGCAAGUGUUGAUAAACCAAGGUGCGGAUGUCAAUACCCAGGUUGGACACUACGGCACUGCUUUACAAGCUGCGUGUUUUCAAGGACACGACCAGAUUGUGCAAGUAUUAAUAGAUCAUGGUGCCGAUGUCACCGCUCACGGCGGUGCGUACGACACUGCUCUUCAGGCUGCUAGUCAUGAAGGGCACGACAAGAUCGUCCGGCUGCUGCUUGAGCACGGGGCCGAUGUUGACGCCCCAGGUAGAGACUAUGGAAUCCCCCCUCCAGGCUGCUAG